AUGGCCCCCGACGCGUUGAUACCAGAGACUCGCGUGCUCGCGAUUGCUAGUCAUGUGGUUCAUGGCUAUGUGGGCAACAAAAUGGUCACGUCUGUCAUGCAGUCGCUGGGCUGCGACGUCUCUGCCAUCAACACAGUACAUUACAGCAAUCAUACCGCAUACAAGCAGGUUAAAGGCACCAAAACCUCACCCGACCAGAUCCUAGACCUCUACGAAGGGCUCCGACAAUCGAACCUGAACAACUUUGACGUAUUGUUGACCGGAUACAUGCCCAGUGCGCAUUGCGUGCAGGCGAUAGGCAAAAUUGGGCGGGAUAUAAGGUUCAAUGCUGGGACAAAACCGGGGAGCUUCUUCUGGGUGCUCGAUCCGGUGAUGGGCGACAAUGGGAAGCUCUACAUUCCUGAAGACGAGGUACCGGAGUACAAGACGCUGCUUAGGGAAGCGGACCUCAUCCUUCCCAAUCAGUUCGAAGCAGAGUUGCUCUCCGAAACAACAAUUACCGACCUCGACUCUCUCGCAGCUGCAAUUCAGGUACUACACAAGAAGUACCAAGUACCACAUGUUAUAAUCACGUCUCUUCGAUUAACGCGCGACAACCGGACCGUAUCGUCUCGUGUUCCGUCGCGUGCGGCAUCAAAGCCUACCUCUGCAACAGCUUCUGGGCAACAAACACCCGUCGAAUCACCCCACAUCGAUCCUGCACGGACGCAUCCAGCUUCGCAAUCUAUGCAGGAUGGCGAGUCCGAACGAUCAAAGCCAGAAGAUCCAGACGCAGGGGCCUCCACUUCGAGACAGCCUCCGGUGGAGAUGGAAGAGCAAGACGAAGAAAUCAAGAACAUUACCAUUAUCGGCUCCACUGCAACAUCCGACUUCAAGCCCCGCCUAUUUCGCAUAGACACUCCCGAGCUGCCGCUUUUCUUCUCCGGUACCGGCGACAUGUUCGCCGCCCUCACUAUCCCGCGCCUCAUCGAAGCCGUCCACGCCGCUUCCACACCAGACGCAGACCUGACGUCAAAACCAAGCUGGCGAUCACCAGACGACGUACCCGCCGAUGAACUGCCGCUCGCAAAGGCAUGUCAGAAAGUCCUCGCGAGUAUGCAGAGCAUACUCAACAAGACUACUGCGACAUGCCGGGAGAAGAUGUUGGCGUACGACACGCGAGCUGAGAAAGAGGGUUGUGGGCAGGGUCAGGAGGCGGCAGAAGAGAAAGCGAAGAAGAGGCAUCUUGCGCUGAUGGAGGCGAGCGAGGUUACGGUGCCGAGGUUUCUUAGGGAGCUGGUGUAUCCGCCUGAGGUGGAGAAGUUUAGACCGACAGCAGUGAAGGAGGGGGACAGAGUGCCGCAGAGUGUGGGGGAGAAGGAGCCGGAUGAGUUGAAUGUGCUGCAUUUGGGUGUGGGGAAGGACGGAGAGGGAGGGACGCAGGUUGUGGACGGUGAGAGGUAG